CCUUCAAGCACAACUAAAAGCUUGGCAGCCUUUGCAACGACAACUCGUGCACAAAUUAAAAAAAUAAAAUCGUCAUUAACGUCAUUCAAACCGGCGGGAUUUUUGACAUAGAUUUUGGCGGGAUAUGCUCGCGAGUUUUCACGUUCGGAUACGCGAAUGAAGGAUUUUAUUGUGUGGGACUGUUCGCGUAUCAAGCUGUGGAACAACGUGGCAUCCUGUAUGGAGAAAUGGUUCGGUGAUAAACGGUUGUGGUUAUUUGGCAACAACCUGCCGCUGCUACCAAGGAGGUCACGCGCGAGCAGUCGCGCGAUGGAGCGUUACGAGAAGCUGGCGAAGCUCGGCGAGGGCUCCUACGGGCUCGUGUACAAGUGCCGCAACCGCGACACCGGCGAGAUAGUCGCCGUCAAGAAGUUCGUCGAGAACGAAGACGAUCCCCUCAUUAGGAAAAUUGCGCUUCGGGAGAUUAGGAUGCUUAAAAACUUGAAGCACCCUAAUCUAGUGAACCUGAUCGAAGUGUUUCGCCGCAAGCGCAAGCUGCACCUCGUGUUCGAGUACUGUGACCACACGGUGCUGCAUGAGCUGGAGAAGUAUCCUGCUGGUUGUCCGGAGCUCCUCUCCAAGCAGAUAAUCUGGCAGACCCUGCAAGGAGUCGCAUACUGCCACCGACACAACUGCAUCCACAGGGACGUGAAGCCGGAGAACAUACUGCUGACGUCAGAGGGCGUCGUCAAGCUGUGCGACUUCGGCUUCGCUAGGAUGAUCAGUGGCAGUUGUUCCUCGGAGUACUCAGUGCACACCAUGAUACCCUUCGGCGUGGACGUUCGCAGGAGAGCUAGUCCAGGCCCCGGGGAGAGCUACACAGACUACGUGGCGACGAGGUGGUACCGCGCGCCGGAACUGCUGGUCGGCGAUACUAUGUACAGUACACCUGUUGAUGUUUGGGCUAUAGGUUGCGUAUUUGCAGAGCUCCUCUCAGGUGAAGCGCUAUGGCCCGGCAAGAGCGACCUUGACCAGUUGUACCUAAUACGGAAGACGUUAGGAGAUCUGCUGCCUAGGCAUAUGACUAUAUUCUCACAAAAUACCUUCUUUCAGGGCAUGGCGUUACCCGAGCCGAGCACAGUGGAGCCGCUCGAGAAGAAGAUCCCGCAGCGGUACUCCUGCAACGAGCUCGUCUUAGACUUUAUGAAUAAAUGCCUAGACAAAGACCCCAUGGUGAGGUGGACGUGCGAGCAACUGCUGAGGCACCCCAUCUUCGAGAACUUCCUCUUCACAGUACCACAUUCAGACCACGAGGAGUACGAGAGAUCUAGAAGAGCUCAGGUACAAUCAUCACCUCUGCUGCCCCAACUGAUAGUGACCGACCGGAGUCAGCCGGCCAAGAACAAGAAGUCUGAGCUGGACUCCCGGAGUCACCUGCCGACCAUCUGACUACCGCCCCGCGUGCGGCCCUUGCCUUUGUGAUUAAAUGGAAAUACUAAUUCA